GAAGAUGAAAUCCUCGCCCCGCUAAAAAAAAAACAAAAAAACAAACAAACAAAAAAAACAAAAACCCCACUUAUGGAAAAGAAAUAAAUUGCCGGACGGAUGCGGGAACAGCUGGCCGGCUUUCGGUCCGUCUAGGCUGGUGCUGUUGCUCCACAGCGAGGUGGCCCUCUCAUUGGAUUACCCAAAUCCAAAAACUAAUGGGGAUUGGCUGUUGCUGAACGUCUGUUUCCUGUUACCAACCCCGAGACCUUGGGGCAUUCUUGGGAGGGCCCCGCUCUGAACUGCUGUCAAAGUGUGUGUGUAAACAAACACACACACUCGUACGAAGAGCUGCACAUUUUGGCAGGAUAGCCAUCUCUCAAGCACCAGACAGUAAAUCGGCUACACACACAAACGACAAACGGGGACGACGCACACUCCUGUCCUGCCAGUACGCGAGAUACACCAAGCCGGGCUCUCUCAUCCUCUGCAGCCAAACUGUCCAGCGUGGAUACGAACAGGGCCAAUCUGUCAACAAUGACGUCACACAGCCAUCCAGAGGGGGUCCUGGGCAAGGAGCAGCCGCUGGAGGUCCUGAAGACAUCGGCACUCAACCACAUCCCAACAGUGGACAUCAACUCGGCGCUGCCCCUUCGUCUUCCUCCAGCUGCCAUCCCCAUGGACCUGCGUGUGGACCAGCAGCUGUCCUCACUCUCUCCGCCCGGCCAGCAGUCCUCCGGUCAGGGGUCUUUGGGUGGGUCGGGGCAAGCUGGUGGAGCGGCGGUGUCGCCUUCGGCCCGCGAGCAGCAGCUGCAGCAGGAGCUGCUGGCGCUGAAACAGAAGCAGCAGAUCCAGCGGCAGAUCCUCAUCGCCGAGUUCCAGCGCCAGCACGAGCAGCUGUCCCGCCAACAUGAGGCCCAGCUGCAGGAGCAUAUUAAGCAGCAACAGGAGCUGCUGGCGCUGAAGCACCAGCAGGAGCUUCUGGAGCACCAGAGGAAGAUGGAGAACCAUCGUCUGGAGCAGGAGCUGGAGAAGCAGCAGAGGGAGCAGAAGCUGCAGCUGCUCAAGAACAAGGAAAGAGGACAAGAGAGUGCUGUGGCCAGCACGGAGGUAAAGAUGCGUCUCCAGGAGUUUGUCCUCAACAAGAAGAAGGCUCUUGCUCAGCGGAGCCUCAACCAAGGAGGCCUCCCGAACGAUGCGCCCUACUGGUACCGGAAAACCCAGCACAGCUCCCUGGACCAAAGCUCCCCUCCACAGACUGGAGUGUCCACCUACAACCACCCCGUGCUGGGGGUGUAUAACCCCCGCGAUGACUUCCCGCUCCGCAAGACCGCCUCGGAGCCCAAUCUGAAGCUUCGUUCCAGGCUGAAGCAGAAGGUGAGCGAGAGGAGGAGCAGUCCCCUGUUGCGGCGUAGAGACAGCCCCAUCACCACCGCCAAGAAACGCUCGCUGGACAUGGCAGACUCUGCAUGUAGCAGUGCCCCUGGCUCAGGCCCAAGCUCCCCCAACAACAGCUCCAACAACAUCCCCAAUGAGAAUGGCAUCACUGUGGCAGUUUCAAACAGCACCGAGGUAUCUCUUGCCCAGAGGUUGUGCAGUGGUGCUGAUCGGGGUUCUGUUAACCAGUUGUCCCUCUACACCUCACCCUCCUUGCCCAACAUCACCCUGGGACUUCCUGCCACAGCCACAGCCACAGCUGCCUCCAAUGUGACCUCUGCCCAGCAAGAGGGUAGUCUGCAGCCAGCCCUCUCCCUCAGCCCACCCUUCAUCUCCGGAGCCCACCUGACCCCCUACCUGGCUGAGGCUGGAGGGGGCACAGGCGGGCAUGGUGGGCACAGUCCACUGCUCCAGCACAUGGUGCUAAUGGAGCAGAGUCCUGCACAGAGUCCCCUGGUCACAGGUGUGAGCGGCUUGUCCAUGCCAUCCGCGGCCUCCAUGGCUAAGCUGCAGCGGCAGCACCGGCCCCUGGGGCGAACUCAGUCGGCCCCCCUGCCCCAGGGGAGCGCUGCCCAGGCCCACGCACAGGCACUGGCCUUGCAGCAGCUGGUGGUCCAACAGCAGCACCAGCAGUUCCUGGAGAAACACAAACAGCAGUUCCAACAGCAGCAACUUCACCUCAAUAAGAUGAUGGCCAAGCCCAACGAGCCGUCUGUAGGCCGCCAGCACCAGAGUCACCCCGAGGAGACGGAGGAGGAGCUGAGGGAGCACCAGGACGGAGCCGGGCUGCUGCCGGGGGUCACCAUCAAGCAAGAGCCCCCGGACCCCCAGGAGAUCGAGGAGGAGGCGAUGCAGCACAGGGAGAGGGAGAGGCAGGCGGAGCAGGAGCUGCUGUUCCGACAGCAGGCCCUGUUGUUGGAGCAGCAGCGGAUCCACCAGCUGAGGAAUUACCAGGCCUCCAUGGAGGCUGCUGGCCUGUCAAUCUCUUUUCCAGGGCACCGCCCACUUUCCCGGGCCCAGUCCUCUCCGGCGUCGGCCUCCUCCUUCCCAAUCAGCGUCACUCCCUCCGAUCCGCCCACCAAGCCUCGUUUCACAACAGGCCUGGUCUAUGACUCACUGAUGCAGAAGCAUCAGUGUAUGUGUGGAAACACCAACAGCCACCCGGAGCAUGCAGGGCGAAUCCAGAGCAUCUGGUCCCGGCUGCAGGAGACAGGACUCAGGGCCCAGUGUGAGUGUAUCCGUGGGAGGAAGGCCACUUUAGAAGAACUGCAGACGGUCCACUCCGAAGCCCACGUCCUCCUCUACGGAACCAACCCUCUUCGGCAGAAACUAGACUGUUCAAUCACCCCGAUGUUUGUUAGGCUACCGUGUGGAGGGGUUGGGGUGGAUAGUGACACCAUUUGGAACGAGGUCCACUCCUCCAGUGCGGCACGUCUGGCGGUGGGCUCCGUGGUGGAGCUGGUCUUCAAAGUAGCCACCGGAGAACUAAAGAAUGGAUUUGCUGUGGUCCGCCCUCCUGGACACCAUGCCGAGGAAAGCACUCCCAUGGGCUUCUGUUAUUUCAACUCGGUAGCCAUCGCAGCCAAAUUACUCCAGCAGAGACUCAACGUCAACAGGAUCCUCAUCGUGGACUGGGAUGUUCACCAUGGAAAUGGUACCCAGCAAGCCUUCUACGAUGACCCCAAUGUCCUCUACAUGUCCAUCCAUCGCUACGAUGAUGGAAACUUCUUUCCUGGCAGCGGGGCGCCUGAUGAGGUCGGCAGCGGGCCCGGAGUUGGAUUCAAUGUCAACGUAGCCUUCACUGGCGGUCUUGAUCCACCGAUGGGAGAUGUAGAGUACCUAGCAGCCUUCAGGUCAGUGGUUAUGCCCAUAGCCAAUGAAUUCGCUCCAGACGUGGUGCUGGUGUCUUCGGGCUUCGACGCUGUGGAGGGCCACCCUCCCCCACUAGGGGGAUACACGCUCACAUCCAAAUGCUUUGGCUAUCUUACCAGGCAGCUGAUGACCCUUGCUGGGGGAAGGGUAGUCCUGGCCCUGGAGGGGGGUCAUGACCUCACCGCCAUCUGUGAUGCCUCGGAGGCCUGUGUGGCCGCCCUGUUAGGCCAGGAGCUGGAUCCGCUGCCAAAGGCUGUCCUAGAGCAGAGGCCCAACCCCAAUGCUGUCCGCUCCCUGGAGAAGGUUCUAGAGACACACAGUAAAUAUUGGCGCUCGGUGCAUCGCUCCUCCCCUCGGCUGGGUCUGUCCCUACUGGAGGCCAAGCGAGGAGACUCCGAGGAAGCCGAGGCGGUCAGCGCCAUGGCCUCUCUCUCCGUGGCCAACACCAACGCCAUGGACCACAGGCCAGAGGAGGAACCCAUGGAAGAGGAGGAACCACUGUAACGGAGGGAACCUUUAGGGUGUUGCGCUGUCACCAUUGACCUCUCCGGAGAAUGCCUCUUUGAGCUCCGAAGAGUCUCGACCGAUCCCUUCAUUUAGUCCCCCUAACCCCACUCACCACGUCAGUCACCUUGAUUGGCGGCCCCUCAGCCAAUGAGGGAGAGUGGGUGGGCUCAGCCUCAGAGUAGGGAGCCAAUCAGGAGACAAGAGGACUGAAUUGGAAAAAUAAAUAAAUAAAAGCUCAGCGUUGCUUGGCAGCACUCGCUCACUGACACACAUUUUCUGCCGGUCUUCGCACCUCUCAAAGUUAGCCCAAGGUGGCUAGCAAAGUGACCACAUACGAAGGCAGUACUGUGUGUGUAUUUGGGUCAGGGGCACGGAUGGGUCUUGCCCCAUAAAGGUGCAAAAUGCUCCUGCGCAGAAAAACACGGUGCUUUACGUAGCUGCCCUCUGACCCAGGGGUCAGGACAUGCGGGACAGCGGACAUACCCAACUGUCGAGUACAGCUUGAGAUUUCUCUCUUCCCUUUUCUCAACUCAUUUUCCCCUCAACAAACAAGGGCAUCGCAGAGACGGAGAUGACCAUCAGAUUUUAGAAGAUGUAUUCACUGUGGACUUUGAUGGGCCGAAACCUUAAGUAGGCCUCGACAAAGAUUUGACGAUCUAGCGGUGUGACUGUCACCGAAUUGGACCAGCCUGUAGUUGUAGAACAGAAGGUCGACGGAUGAGAGGAGUGCCUUGGCGAGGGCCCGCUGGAUUUCAGGAUUGUUCAGGAAUUGAAGAUUGCCUUAAGUUAAAUGGUCUUUUUUUUUCUUUCUUUUUUUUCUUUUUUUCCCGCCGGGAAAACUGGCGCGUGAGUGGGAGACGAGAGUUUCCGGUCGGCGAAGACGGGAAUGACAAAGUUAAGCAAACAAUCUUUCAGCAUGUUUACUUGGAAAGUGACGCAGACAUCAUUUGAUGUCUCUCACGGCCUCUCUUGAAGAGUUACUUUACUUUUGGAUGGAUCUAUUUUUCUGUAAAAAACUGCUUUCUAAAGGUAGUUGCCAGCUUGAGUAGAAAGGAGGCAAACAUGGAGAUGUUGAACAUUGAAUUAGAUUGAACACUGUCAAAAGGUUUAGCCUUUUAUGUAGCUUCCCUUUAACCUAAAUCAUUGCUUUGUUAACCACAUAAGGCAUGUAUUUUGAGCUAACCAGGCGAGAGGUUUCUUUUUCAGCAGGAUUUGAAUGUUAUCCAAAAAAAAAAAAAAGGGACGUGAGGGGAACAAAAAAAAAAAAAGAAAAACGGAAAGCCAAGCAAGAAAAGCCAAAGCAUGAGUUUGCAUAUAGUCCUUUUACACCACUAACAGGCAAGUCGAUAAGCAUCUCUAAGUACCGACCCUUUGGAAGAAGGUCCUCAAUACCAACUUCACUGUUUACUAACUCCUCGCGGUUUAUCAAGGGGUUGUUUCUUUACGUAGGCUAACUGACCUCCCAUGCUUUGCCAGUUGGCAACUACCUUGGUUACUAGUGUGAGCUUAACAUUAGUCAUGUAUAUUGAAUUGGAUAUAUUUUGAAAGGCAGUAGUCUAGUAUUGCCAGUUUGUAACUACAUGUAUGAUUUCCACAUCACGUCGUCGAUUUGCUAUAUCAGAUGUGUUUGGUAAGCGUGUCCAUUUUUUUUUUAUUAUUAUUGUUAUUAUUUGAUGUACAAGAUUAUUUUUCUAACGUUUUCAUCCGUAGUUUUUGUUCCGUGUCCGUUUUUAAUCCAUGGUUCCGGGCUCGCCGUAGAGCCGCCGUUUCACAUCCUUACUGCUAUCGUUGACUCGUUCGCCUUUUUUUUUUCCCGCGUUUUCUUUCUUGUGUAUUUAUCGAAAAUAAGGAGCAACACUUUCUUCUCUGUGUGUGUCUCUAGGCCUUUUGCAAUUUCAUCGGUUGUGUAUUUAUAACAUGUACUGUUAAUAGGAGAUUUGUAUAUGAAAAAUCUAUAAAUGUAUUCUAAGUAAUGACAGCAACGUUGUGAAUGAAACAGUAUGGCGUGUGAUAUUACUCCAUGAACUUAAAAAAAGAAAAACGGCAUUUUAACUGGUCACUGACUGUACUGUUAAAAAAGUUCCUCUAACUGACAAACAGUUUUGCAGCAUUACAUGGCACUACAAUUUUUUUUAUCACCUCAAAAAAAAAACAACAUUCGACCACUUAGUUGCCUAAUUGAUAAUGUUCCUGCAGUGCAUGGGGGGAUGUCCACAUGCCUUUAAGCUGUGAUGUCAUCACCACACACUUCCAGAAAAACGUUUUGGAGGCCAUUUUAUGUAGCUGAAUGAAAUUUGCAUAGUAGAAGAAGAAAACGAGCCGGUUGACGUCGAUUGGGAGAUGGUCAGACAUUGGAAUGCGAUUUUUAAGAAAGUGGAAAACUUUUUUGGGGGGGGGGGGUCCACCUCGUGCAGCGAACGCCAACCAUCGACCGGUGAAACGUCAUCAUUUUGUGCAGCCAUCUUUCCGUCAUGACUGGUUCCCAUAGCAACAACGUCUCAUCCCUCCCUCCUCCUCCUCCUCCUAGAAUCGAGUUUGCUUAUAUACACUGAUAUGACACUAACGUUAUUAGCCAUUGCUACGAGAUAAUCUCGAGUUAUUGUCCAGCGGUCAACUGCUUCGUAUGA